AUGCGGCCACAAGUGCAGUUGAUGAUUUUCUCGAACGGACAAGCCGCUCCUGCAAGUAACUCGGCCACCGACGAACCAUUAAAUUCCCGCAAUUCGCUCGACGCAACGGGAGACGGUUCUUUCAACAUGUUCUCACGCUCAGUAUUUCGGAGUCUUGCCGUUGACUUGCGGUGGACUGCUCCGUCCUCGAUUUCCUCUGCAGCUCCCCUUCGGCAACGAGCUUGCUUGCACCAAACCGCCCUGCUCCGAACACAGCAACAAGAGACCCAGACUCAACCAUCUUCCCCAAACCCCGAAGCACCAUUGAGUGCCAUUCCUCGUGCACAAACCUCCCAGCCCGAGGCUCAAAAUGAACCCAAGGUGCCUUCCUUCGACCCAUCCAACCCUUCCUCAGUCCCUCAAACGCGCGCCGAUGUUCCAAUUGCCAAACAGCCCGUCGCACCCACUUUGGAUUCUCCCCUCGAAGUGACCAAAUCCCUUAUGUCGCGCCUCCCGCACCUGGUAGGCCAAUCGCCGCACUAUAUCGUCGCCGAGCUGCACGCGCGCCCUUACCUCUUGACGGAGGGUGAUCACGUUCGUCUUCCUUUCCUCAUGCCCAAGGUCAAGUCUGGAGAUAUUCUCCGCUUCAACCGGGCGAGCGCUCUUGGAUCGCGCGAUUUCACAAUGAAGGGUGCGCCUCAUCUCGAUGAACGUCUGUUUGAGUGCCGAGUUCGCGUGACGGGUGUUGAGUCGGAGCCCAUGCGCAUCAAGGAGAAGACGAAGCGGAGACAGCGACACACUAAGACGGCCCGGAGCAAGCACCGCUAUACGAUUAUGCGGGUGAUGGAGGUCCGGGUGAAAACUCCUGAGGAGUUGUUGGAAGAGGGCGCCGUUGUCGUUGAGGAUAGUGAGGAUACACCUAAGAUCGAGGCUCGGUCAUGA